UAUCGCUAAGGAUCUAUUAUUUCUGUCGUCCUUUACUCCCUGUUAGUGGAUUUAUUGUACUUGCUAUCCGAGCAGUACUGCGACUCUUUCACUCGUUCCCCAAAGUCGACUGGGACUAGGGACUUUACACUCCCUAGGCCGGCCUUCUUGAAAGAAGAUAUCAUAUUAUCAUGCCGCCAGCUAAACGCAAAGCCACAGAUAGUAUGGCUACCUGGUGAUAUUCAGUGGUUGGCAUGAGAUGGUUUGCGAACUGACACUUCCUUUCUGAAAGGCGGCCGGUCUAGUAGAGCUUCAAAACGUCCAACUCCUGUCCCGGAUGCAAGUAUCGACAGCAGUGAUGAGUACUCGGAUUACGAAGAUGACGCCAGAGAGGAUCGUCUGAAAGGUGUCGUUGAGAAAUUCUCCAUCGACAAGUUCACCUCGAAGCAAAAGGAUGCCCUCCACAGACAAGACCCUCACUUUGGUUACAAGGAUUUUUCCUCCCUGCCACUCAAGCGCGAUCAUGAGAAUCGACCACUCUGGAUCGAUCCAUUGAAAGGGACCAUUACCCUCGAGAGCUUUUCGCCGCUGGCACCUCAGGCGCAGGAUUUCCUGACAACUAUCGCCGAACCCCUUUCCCGUCCUACCCAUCUACAUGAAUAUCGGUUGACAGGCAAUAGCUUGUACGCAGCCGUCUCUGUCGGACUCUUGCCUGCUGAUAUUAUCAACUUCCUCGACCGCUUAUCGAAGACUCCACUCCCCGAGUCCAUCAAGCAAUUCAUCACCGAUUUCACAAAAUCUUAUGGGAAAAUCAAGGUGGUUCUGAAGCAUAAUCGCUUCUACGUAGAAAGCACCGACCCGAUUAUGCUGCAGAAACUGCUACAGGAUGAGGAUAUCUCGAAAUGGAGAAUACAAAAUUCAGAAGGGAUAACCCAGCAGGCUGCUCCGCAAAUGGGCGGUCUUGUGAUUCCCGGAACGAAGGAUGCUGCGGCCGUAAUGCAAGCCGGCGAGCAGAAGAUAGCGGACAAGCCGAACAAUGCGUCUAAUGGGUCCAAUGAUAUUUUCGGCAGCCUGCGUGAAGACGAAGACGACGAGGAGCCAGCACAGGUUCAUAGCUUUGAGAUUCCGACCGACGCUGUAGAAAGUGUCAAGGCCCGAUGCCAGUACAUGGGUUGUCCGGCUCUCGAGGAAUACGACUUCCGAAAUGACGAGGUUAAUCCCACAUUAGACAUCGACCUCAAGCCAAAUGCUCGGAUACGGAGUUAUCAAGAGAAAAGCUUGAGCAAGAUGUUUGGCAACGGACGAGCGAAGAGUGGUAUCAUCGUCCUGCCGUGUGGUGCUGGGAAGACCCUAGUGGGUAUCACAGCUGCUUGCACGAUCAAGAAGGCGACUAUGGUCCUCUGCACCAGCUCCAUGUCCGUGGUGCAGUGGAGAAACGAGUUCAUCCGGUGGUCGAACAUUGAUCCAGGCGAUAUUGCGAUCUUUACAUCUGACCACAAGGAGAAGUUCCGCCGUUCUACAGGUAUCAUUGUUUCGACUUACUCCAUGGUGUCACAGACUCGUGCUAGGUCACACGAUGCGCAGAAAAUGAUGGACUGGAUCCAGCAAAUGGAAUGGGGUCUUAUGAUUCUGGAUGAGGUGCACGUUGUGCCUGCAUCGAUGUUCCGAAAGGUCACAUCGGCUAUCGGGGCACAGAGCAAGCUUGGGCUGACUGCGACGCUGCUGCGUGAGGAUGACAAGAUUAAGGAUCUGAACUUCUUGAUUGGACCCAAGCUAUAUGAGGCCAACUGGAUGGAACUUGCCGAGCAGGGCCAUAUUGCCAAAGUCCAGUGUGCUGAGGUGUGGUGUCCAAUGACCACUGAGUUCUAUUCCGAGUACAUGAGGGAGAAGUCCAGGAAGGCUGCGCUUUUGUACAUCAUGAAUCCCAGAAAGUUCCAGGCCUGCCAAUAUCUAAUCGACUACCAUGAGAAACGGGGUGACAAAGUCAUUGUAUUUUCUGACAAUGUUUAUGCACUUGAGCGGUAUGCACUGAAGCUAAAUAAAGCUUACAUUUACGGUGGCACGCCGCAGAAUGAACGCUUGAGGAUUUUGGAAAACUUCCAACACAACGAGCAAGUCAACACGAUCUUCCUUUCCAAGAUCGGUGAUACCUCUUUGGAUCUUCCAGAAGCCACCUGCCUCAUCCAGAUAUCCUCUCACUACGGUUCUCGCCGACAAGAGGCCCAGCGACUGGGCCGAAUUCUACGGGCAAAGCGGAGGAACGAUGAAGGGUUCAACGCAUUUUUCUACUCGCUUGUUUCUAAGGACACUGACGAGAUGUACUAUUCAUCCAAACGGCAGGCUUUCCUAGUCGACCAAGGCUACGCAUUCAAAGUCAUCACGCAUCUUCAAGGGAUUGAGAAUUUUGAAAACCUCGCGUACGCCACCCCAGCAGAACGCCGGGAGCUCCUCCAGGAAGUCAUGCUCCAGAACGAAACUUCUGCUGAGGUCGAGCAAGUUGUGGAUGAUCUCUUCAGCGCGCGCUCCAAAGGACCCAAAGGCAAGGGUGCAAGGAAUGGCGCUGUUAAACGUAGCGCUGCGACCCUCAGCGGGCUUGCUGGCGGUGAAGAUAUGGCAUAUAUUGAAUAUAACAAGAGCAGGAACAAGCAGUUGAAGGACAAAGCGGCCCACCAUCCGCUGUUCCGGAAGAUCGAGCGGGAGCGUAUGAAGAGGAAGAAGGAGAUGAAUGAGAUGAUGCGGUAGACUCUUGCUGUACAGCUUUUCAUCGGAUCUCUUAUGCCUUUGUCGUUUAAAUCUCUCAAUCAUGCCUGCGUCCACGAUUUGCAAAUUUUGGGUACUUUAUACAGAGAGAUGUAGAUACAGCAUUGAGAAACGACCAACAAUAAUAAUACAAGUUUACCAGUCA